AUGGAUUCACUGGAGACUGGACAGAUGCUGAGCUUGCCCGCCGAGCUUGGCAGCAACAACUUAGAGCUGACAGACGCAGCAGCAUCAGCAGCCCGCGUAAACGCGAGUCCCCACCCGGAAGCGGCUGCUGGGGGCGCCACGACGCAAACGACAAGGGAGGCAGAGCUCGAGCAGGCGCAGUCUCCGUGGGCUUCGACGCCGGAGUGCAAAGUCCUUCUCUCCCGUGCGGACGCGUUGGCGUCUGGGGGGCGCCUCCGGGAAGCCCUCGAGGUAUAUCGUCAGCUCUUGGAGCGGCAGCAGUUGGCGGCUGAGCAGCUCGAGCAGCUGGUGCGCUACCUGGUGGAGAACGUCCUACAGGGCAAGGGGCUGGCGCAGACGUUUUCAGACGGCGACGGUGCGUCGGGCUUCAGGAUGGCGGCUGCAGAGGCAGGGACGACCGAGGCAACUGAGGUGUGGGACGGCUUCAAGUGCCGAAAGUGCCAUGGGUUUCUGUCAGAUCCCGUGUCCUUGUCGUGCGGCCACACCUUUUGCAAACUGUGCCUGGAACGCGGGCGCGCGGCCGACCGGUGCUGUGUACUGUGCGGGGUCCAGCUCUCCGCGUGGUUCGCGGCCACCGGGUGGGCACGAGGCACCCGGCGGGCUGGGCUCCAGUCACAGUCGCCUCCUCCACCACCUCCGCCGCCGCCGCCGCCGCUGCGGGUCAACGUGGUGCUCAGCGGCCUCCUGGGCAAGUUGUUCCCGGGUCCGGCGCGGGCGUCGAAACUCCGGCACGAAGGCAACAAGCUGUACCGUGAGCGCCAAUUGGAGGCGGCGCUGCUCAAGUAUAAUGAAGCUGUUCGUCUGGCUCCGAAUGACCACUUGCUUUAUAGCAACCGGUCUCAAAUUUAUUUCACCUUGGAGUCUCAUGAGAAUGCACUACAUGAUGCAGAAAUAGCAUGUAAGCUCUGCCCAACUGGUUUUAAGCCACACUUCCGAAAAGCGCAAGCCUUAGCCACCCUAGGCAAGGUGGAAGAAGCACUAAGGGAGUUUCUAUAUUGUGUGCAUCUCAAUGAAAAUAACAAGAAGGCAAGAUCUGAAGCCCAAAGGCUUCUCCUUAGUUUCUUUCCACCAUCAGUCUCGGGAGAGUCUCAGGAACAUAUUCCCGAUAUCCUGAAGCUGUUGGCAUCUCACCCUAGAUUUAAGGAACACGUAGAGUCAGUGGCUACUGAAGGCACCAGCCACAAUCUACCAAAGUUGUCACAGGAAAAUCAGGCACUCCCUCAUUGUUCUAGUCAGGAGGAAGAAGGCGCCACCCCAACUAAAGUAAAGGUAGCUGGUCAACAAGACCAGGAAAAAGGAGAGGAGAAGAGGGACGUGGCUUCUCCAGAGGCUGCUUCCACCAAGCCUGGAAAAUGCCAGCAAAAGAAAAGGAAACAUUGCCAAAUUGAACCCCAAGGCCUGGAGAAGUCUCAUAAAGCCUCCAAGCAAGAUCCUGCCACUGAUAAGGGGUCCAAACCUGCUCUCAGUAUUCCAUUCGCAUCCUUUGACGCAUCUGACCUUGAAUGCUCACUAUGUAUGAGAUUAUUCUAUGAGCCAGUUACAACACCUUGUGGACAUACCUUUUGCUUAAAAUGCCUUGAAAGAUGCCUGGAUCACAACACGAGGUGCCCACUCUGCAAAGAUGGUCUUUUACAGUGCUUGGGAUUAAGAAAAUACAGCAAAACUGUAAUAAUGGAAGAGCUAAUAGCUAAAUUCCUUCCAGAAGAAUUCAAUGAAAGAAGAAGGCUUUAUGAAGAAGAAAUGAAAGAACUUUCUAACUUGAAUAAGAACGUGCCUAUUUUCGUGUGUACUAUGGCCUAUCCCACCGUUCCUUGUCCCUUGCACAUCUUUGAGCCUUGUUACCGUCUGAUGAUUCGUAGAUGCAUUGAGACAGGCACAAGACAGUUUGGCAUGUGCCUUGAAGAUCCUGUUAAAAGGUUUGCAGAAUAUGGCUGCAUGCUAGAGAUUAGAAAUGUUCAGUUCUUUGCUGAUGGCCGCUCAGUGGUUGACAGCAUAGGCAAGAGGCGCUUCAAGGUGCUCCAUCAGGGCCGGCGGGAUGGUUACAACACGGCUGACAUUGAAUACAUCGAAGACCAAAAGGUUCAGGGAGAGGACUCUGCUGAGCUGAUGACAUUACAUAAUUCUGUGUAUGAGCAAGCAUCAUUGUGGUUUCAUUCACUCAAAUCAUCUCUGCAGAAUCGAAUACUCCGUCACUUUGGUCCAAUGCCAGAGAAAGAUGCUGAUCCACAGAUUAAUCCGAAUGGCCCGGCCUGGUGCUGGUGGAUAUUAGCAGUUCUCCCGCUGGAAAGCCGAGCUCAGCUCCCAUUCUUAGCAAUGAGGUCCUUAAAGGAUAGACUGAACGGUAUUCGGCGAGUCCUGACCUUCAUGACCCGAAAUCAAAACUAG